AUGAGUUUAAUUUGUAGGAUGUCGUUAACAAAAAAGAAAGAUGAAGAGAAGGAGAAAAAAUUCCUGGGUCGGUUGCAGUACAAACUCGACUACGACUUCGAAAAAAAUGCGGUUUGUUUGUUUAUUUUUUCUUAUCAAGUUGAUAAAUUUUUGUGUUUAAUUUUUCCUUUUUUGCUUUUUUCAACAAAUUUUUGUUCAUCAUAAUACUGUAGGUUAGAUCUAAUAAUCCAGACUGAGCUGCUGUCGGGAUUUCCGUUUCUGUGUUAAUUAGCUUCCUAUAAGGAGAUCCUUGCUCGUAGGCUUGUUGUUGCAUUUCCCUUCUCUCCGCUCUUUCUCUUUUCUUUUCUGCUUUGUGCAGAGGCGAGAAGAAAUAGGGCCUCGAGCAUAUAAAGUACAGCAGAACAACUUUUUUACAACCUUCCCAUCCCUUUCAAAAUGCAUUUUAUGUCGUAAUGAACUAUGGAAAAAUCCGUUAAAAAGGUACAGUAUAAGAAUAUAGCAUAAUAUACUUAGUUUUUUAGGUAAUCGUUAUAAUAUCUUCUAAUCACAUUCUUCAGAACUAGCUAGUUGAAUUACCUGAAAUUUAUCAAAAUAAUUAUAAAGUCAUGGAAAAUUUAUUAUUGAAAAGAAAUUGUAUCUAUCGAUUCUAACAGAAAUACAAAAAAAUGUUUUGACUGAUUUUUUUAUAGAAAGAAAGUGGUUGUUCUGAAAUUUUGAUGCCUUUUUCUAAAUACAAAAAUUUUUUUUAAACCAAAAAAAUACUUUCAGACUGCCUUUUGGAGUCUAAAUUCAUCCACAGAAGUGCUUUUCAAGGUUUCAAAAAUAACAAUAAACAUAUUUUUGAUUCAUCUUAAUGUAAAAAAAAAUUUUUCGCAUGAUUUUUUUUUUGAAAAAACUUAUACAACGGAACCUGAGACAGAUAUCCAAAUUAAAUGAAAAGUGCCGCACUUCAAAGAAAAAAACACAGAGCGAAAUAGAAGGAAACGUUUGCAGCUGACGGUGGUGAUAAUCCAAGCGGAAGAGCUGCCCGCAAUGGACCUCGGCGGCACUUCAGACCCCUACGUCAAGCUUUUUCUUCUCCCAGAUAAGAAGAAGAAAAUGCAGACGAAAGUUCAGCGCAAGUCUCUGAACCCUGUUUUCAACGAGAGCUUCACUUUCAAGGUUCGGCCAGCUUUCAGCUCCUUUGAACGCUUUGAAAGCUCUUUUUUGCAGAUUCCAUUCAACGAGACUUCCAGUCAGACCCUCGUGCUCAAUGUUUUCGAUUUUGAUAGGUUCGGAAAACACGAUCAGGUCUUUUUUAUUUGUAAUCGACCAAAUGUCUCAUGAGAGGCACAGAUUGGACAAGUUUCGAUCCCUCUGGUCUCCAUUGAUCUUGCCGCGACCAUCGAACGAACUGACCUCAUCGAAAGUCCUCCGGUAUUUAUUUCUUUGACCACGGAAUUUCUAUGACUUCACUUGCUUUAUUAACUUCAUUGGUUCAUUGGCUACAUCUAUUGAACUAACGUUUUCUAACAUUUCAAAACAUUUCAAACAUUUUUUUUUUCUUUUAGGAAAAUCGAUUAGGCGAAGUGUGUCUUGCACUGCGAUACGUUCCUAACAAAAACAAACUUUCGGUAGUGGUAAUGGAGUGUAAAAACCUCAAGAAAAUGGACGUUUUGGGCUUAUCAGGUGAGUUUUCUUGUUGAAGUUGGUCAAGAUCUCGAUUUUUUAAGAUCCCUAUGUGAAAAUAUACUUGAUGAUGGGCACUAAAAGGUUAGAGAAGAAAAAAACUACGAUCAAAAUGAAGACCUUGAACCCUUACUAUAACGAGUCGUUCAGCUUCGAUGUAACUCCAGAAAAAAUGCAGGUCAGUUUUUUUUUUCGUUUCAAAUCCAAACUUUGCAACCAUAAAAAAACACGAAAUACAAAAUAAUUUUUUUAAAAAAAGUCUAGUUUUUUUAGACUUACACCCCAAUAAUUUCUCUUUUCCAUAUAUUUUAAAGGAAUGGGCUUUACAGAGAGUUCAUUUUCAUAUUACUGUUUCCGACUACGACCGAGUUGGUUCAAACGAGCGGAUAGGACAGGUAAACAAUUCUUUCAACUUUAAUGAAGCUAUAGAAAAAAUACGGCAAUAAUUAGACGCCAUAAGUCAGAUAUGUUUAUAAAACGAAAGUAGAUGAAAACCCUUCAGAUAACAUUACUCUGUUGUAGAAAUUUUAAAAGAAGAUGUAAAAAUAAAAGUGAUGUUUGUUAGAAUUCUAAAUUGCGCUCGUCAUGGCAUUAUGCGGCAUUCGGCAGUUCUGAUGCUAUUGGUCGUCCUUAAAGUUAACUUCUUGUGGGACGCAACUGACCGAGCAAAAGACCGACUUAACCGUAGUAUCAACAGCAAGUCGAAAACUUACGAAAACACUUCUAAAGGGAAAUUCAAAAAAGUGUCAUCGUUUCAAUAGAACGUCUCGUUGCAUCUUGCUGUUGAGGUUUUGAUUGGGAUGAACGCUUCUGGAGCGGGUCUGAAACAGUGGAACGACAUGUUGGCGACGCCUCGUCGGUCCGUCGCCCAGUGGCACACUCUGCAGCCUUUCAACGACGACUGA